UGCAGACCUUAUUUUUUGGCCACUCGUCUCCAUCGAGACUGAAAGUGUUCGCGUUUCCCCUUUUCCAAGCCGAUUGUCUUGGCACCACAAUGUCCGAUCACCUUCCCCAAGAUCUCGUCACCAAAAUUCUCGUCCGCCUGCCGGUGACUGCACUUCUGCGCUGCCGCUGUGUCUCCAAAGCCUGGCGGGCACUGAUCGACAGCCCAAGGUUCAGCAAGCUCCAAAUCGAACACUCCGCCACCACCGGCAAAAACGCCAUCCUCUUCAUCAGCGAACUCCACGGCGACUACGUCGUCGAUGAGUACGUCAACGGCCUCCAUCGCGGAACGAGUAGCACCCCUCGUGCGCAGACUAGCGGCACCGAUCCACGCUCGGGCUUUGCCCUAAUAGGCUCCUGCAACGGGUUGCUCUGCUUCGCCUGCGACUCGGAAAAGGUACUCAUAUCGAACCCCGCCACUAAACAUGGUUGCUUUAUGCCGUUUACGCUCUCCGGGAAACAACCGGGUACGGGAGUUUACAGAUUCACCGCCAGCGGGAAUAACUUGAUUUACAACUCCGGGUUCGGAUUCGGGUACGAUUCCAUGUCCGACGACUACAAGGUAGUCGAGAUUCUCCAGGUGUUCAAGCCUGAAGAAAAUUCUCUGCAAUCUGUGUUGGUUAGUUAUGGGGUUUGGUCGAAUUCCUGGGUAGAGGUGAACUUUCCGUAUAUCCUUCUUGGGUUGAGGAAAACAGGUGUGUUUGUGGGUGGGGCAGUUCAUUGGAUAGCUGGUAGGCAUGAAGAUCCAGACAGUGAUGAUACGCUCAGCGAGCUUGUGAUUAUUGGGUUUGAUUUAGAGCUCAAUGAAUUGAGGGAAGUGCCACAGCCAGAGUACACAGUUUGGGAGCCGUUCAACAUGGUAAUUGGCGAGCUGGGGAAGUGUUUGUGUCUCUUUGCCAAUUACAAGGAUAAGUUUGUGGAUGUCUGGAUGAUGAAAGAGUAUGGUGUUAAGGAGUCAUGGAGCUUAUUGUUCAAAGUCCCACAUCCCGGAUUGUGCUACAAUGAUGAGAUCAAACCGCUUGGAUUCUCAGUGACUGGUCAGGAGGUUCUUCUGCAGAUGGAUGGCAAGAAGCUUGUUUGGUAUGACCUGAAGGAUCCUAAGAAAGUUGCUGCUGCUGAGAAGAUCACCGUACGUGGGUUGAAGGGGAAGUCCGUGGAUGCAGUUGUAUGCUAUGGAAGCCUCGUUUCACCCUAUGGGAAGGUUCCACCAGUGGUAGAGGAAGUGAAAGUUGACAAGCAACAAGAGAAACCAGGAUCCCGAACGAAGAAGAAGAAGAACCAAAGGGAGGAGAGGGAUGAUUUCUUGUCUGCUGGGUUUAAGCUGAAUCUGUAGUCAGUCAAACAAGGUUAUGUACUGGGUUAGUGGUUCAUAUAUAUAUAACUAUAUAUAAUAGGGUAGAAGCAGAAGAAGUUAGUGGAGCAGUGAUGGUGUUGGUGGGUGGGGUGAAGUGGAGAGCUUUCUGUUUGUUCCACUCUCCAUUUAGAGGGUUUUUGAGCCAUUUUGGUGCAUAUAUUCCUGUGUAGGAACUAGGAAGGUGGGGAAGGGCUGCCUAUUUUGGGAUCGGUGGAAGCUCCAACUAGUAUUAGACAAAUUGCACUUAGUACUGCAAGACGUUAUUAAGUACUGAAUGUCGUAACUCGUAUAUGUUAACUUCCAGUGUGAAUGAUGUGUUUCAGUCUUUCAUUGUGGAAUACAUGUUUCGACCAAGUUGUGUGGAUGAAAAUGAUGUUAGGUUCGACCCAUUUGGAGUGGGAUGGGUUUAGUCAUGUUCAUUGAUGAAUCGGGCUGGCUGUUCCCUUUGACCCAAAUCCCACCAAUGAUUAGAGG